CAACAGCCUCACAAACACACUCUCCUCUCAGUUACAUGCACAGUCACACAGAUCCCACACGCACACAUCACAACCACUACCACCGCUGUUGCUGCUGCCAUAACUACCACACACACACACACACACACACACACACACACACACACACACAGUGACGGCUGCCAGACGCAGUGGGAAGCAAGCCGUCAGUGAGAGAGAGAGCUUGAGAAGAAAAGAGAGGGAUUGCAGAGAAGAAAAGAGAAGAGAGUUGGAGGAGGCACCUUGUGGAUCAGUAGGGAUUUUCCUCUGUGUGAGUGAGCGUCUGGAUAAGGCUAUCUGCUGCUUCCCUGAGCGUGAGGAGUUUCUACUGAGGCUUUAACCUUUUUUUUUUUGCACAUCAUCCUUUGCCAGGCUCCUGCCAUAUCUACCUAUUUAUCCCCGGAGCUUAACAAAAGAGAGAGGCAGUGAGUAAGAGUGAAGAAAAAAAAGGCAGUCACAGCUUCAGCUCCAGACCACCCUCUCUCUCCUCCUUCCUCCUCCUUCCUCCUUCCUCCUUCCUCCUCCUCUCUCCGAGCUCCACAUCCAUCCGUGAGUUCAUUGCUGAUUUAACUGUCUUGAGGGGGAUCGAACGGAGGACAGUGUGUGUUCUCCAGGAUACAGCCAAGCUCCCGGUGGGAUCGGGGGUCUCGUAUGGUGCGAGAACGAGUGAGGGAGGGAGGGAGGAAUAACUAGACGUGGAAUCGGAUACACAGGAAGAGAGAUAGAGACACCAGAGUGACAGACGAGAGUGAGAGACGCCGGGAAGCAAAUUGUGGGGCAUGUUCAGGGCAGAGAAGAGGAAGAAGAGUGAGUCUGAUUUUUAGAGCAAAGAGAGCAAGAAACCUGCAACCGGAUCCCGUCCAUUCCUCCCUUCUCCUCCUCCUCCUCCUCCUCCUCUUCUUCCCUCUCCUUUUAACCUCUCUCUAUCCUGCUCUUCAAUCCCCCCUUUAGUUUCGUGUAUUGCCUCUUUUCUUUUCAUAUCCCAAUCCCAAUUUCCUUUUCCUCCUUACGCUCUGGAUUCUCCUCGUCUCUUUUCCAGACCCUCGGGAAGAAUGGUUUUGUGAGCUCCCAGACAAGUAGACAGACUAAAAAAAAAAAAAAUCCUAAGUACCAUCCAUCCUUCUUCUUCUGUGGUCUGUCACACGAACACUCCAGUAAGAGGAGAACGUCCUUGUUCUGCAUCCUCCACUCUUGGAAUCAGUCGUCUGAAGGAUCCAGGCCAGCUCCCUUGGAGUGAUACUCACACCUGCGAGCUUCCUCAUCUCCAGCCUCCAGCACCUUCUAUCAGAUUCCAGCUACAUGGGAAAACGUUUGGAGCAGCAGCCAAUGUACCCCCACUACACCUACUACUACCCCCACUAUCUCCAGACCAAGCAGUCCUAUGCUCCUCCCCCUCCGCCCAUGGCUCCGCCCAGCCCUGGCACCACUGGAGGAGGAGGUGGUGGAGGUGGUGGUGGAGGAGGUCAUGGAGGAGGGUUAAUGGAGCAGCUUAGUAAGACCAACCUGUACAUCAGAGGCCUGCCGCCUGCCACAACAGACCAGGACCUCAUCAAACUCUGCCAGCCGUAUGGGAAGAUUGUAUCAACAAAGGCCAUCCUGGAUAAGAACACCAAUCAAUGUAAAGGCUAUGGCUUUGUGGACUUUGACAGCCCUGCAGCAGCGCAGAAGGCUGUGGCCUCGCUCAAAGCCAGUGGAGUCCAGGCACAGAUGGCAAAGGAGGCCCUGGACAAAGAAGGGUCUUCAACUAAAAUAGGAGAUCAUUUAGAUAUCUGGUUUCACAUCCACCAUCACACACACAGUGACUAUCAACCUGAUAAAUAA